AAUCGCAGAAAAUUCAACAGGAAACAAAGGCGAAGAAUGAAUAAAGAAAAAUGAUGGAUCCAUAAUCCCAAAUCCACGAACCACAACCACCAUGAUUCCGAUCCUCCUCUUCCUCUUCCUCUUCCACUUCCCCCUCACGCAAUCCAAACCCUCCCUCUCCGCCGUUCCCACCAGCCUGACAAACUCCGGCGACACCGUCCACCUGACGUGGACCGGCGUCUCCGCCCCCUCCGACCUGGACUUCCUGGGCAUCUACUCCCCGGCGACCUCCCCGCACGAGCAGUACCUCGGCUACCGCUUCCUCAACGAAUCCGCCACGUGGCGGACGGGCUCCGGCUCCCUCUCCAUCCCCGUGGUCAACCUCCGCGCCAACUACUCCUUCCGCAUCUUCCGCUGGACGCGCGACCAGAUCAACCCCAAGCGCCAGGACCACGACCACAACCCGCUCCCCGUGGCGAGCCGCCUCCUCGCCUUCUCCCCCGAGGUGGGCUUCCUCCCGGGCCGCGGGCCCAACCAGAUCCAUCUGGCGUUCGCGGAGCGCCAGGAUGAGAUGCGUGUCAUGUACGUCACGGGGGGCCACGACGAGACCUACGUGAGGUUCGGGGAGAGGGAGGAGGAGCUCCAGGGCGUCGCCGUCGCGCGCGUGGGCAGGUACGAGAGGGACCACAUGUGCGACGCGCCUGCCAACUCUUCUGUGGGCUGGAGGGACCCCGGUUACGUUCACGACGCGCUUCUCACCGGCUUGAAGAAGGGGCACAAGUAUUAUUACAGGGUUGGAAAUGAUAAAGGAGGUUGGAGUGCAACUCAUAGUUUUGUGUCGCGGAAUAGUGAUUCAGAUGAAACAAUUGCCUUUCUGUUUGGUGACAUGGGAACAGCUGUACCAUAUAAUACAUAUCUGCGAACCCAAGAUGAAAGCAUAUCAACCAUUAAAUGGAUCCUCCGUGAUCUUGAAGAUCUAGGUGAAAAGCCAGCCUUUGUCUCUCACAUUGGAGACAUUAGUUAUGCAAGAGGUUAUUCAUGGUUGUGGGACCAUUUUUUCACUCAGAUUGAACCUGUUGCGGCCAGAGUGGCAUACCAUGUUUGCAUUGGCAAUCAUGAGUAUAACUGGCCUUUGCAGCCGUUCAAACCUGAUUGGGCUGGUUAUGGGAAAGAUGGGGGUGGUGAGUGUGGUGUGCCUUACAGUUUAAGGUUCAACAUGCCUGGAAACUCUUCAGAACCCACUGGAACUGGAGCCCCACCGACUAAGAAUCUUUAUUACUCAUUUGAUAUGGGAUCAGUGCACUUUGUGUAUAUUUCCACAGAGACCAAUUUCCUUCCCGGGAGCAACCAGUACAAGUUCUUGAAACAUGAUUUGGAAUCAGUUGACAGGAACAAGACUCCUUUUGUGGUGGUUCAAGGGCACAGGCCAAUGUACACUACCAGCCAUGAAAAUAGGGAUGCUGCUUUAAGAGGAAAGAUGCUUGAGCACUUGGAACCUCUUUUGGUGAAUAACAAUGUCACACUUGCUCUUUGGGGUCAUGUUCAUAGGUACGAGAGGUUUUGUCCACUGAAUAACUUCACGUGUGGUGGUAAUGUGGGUCAGAAAGCAGGGGACGGAAAAUCAUAUACUGUUCAUAUUGUGAUUGGCAUGGCAGGGCAAGACUGGCAACCCAUCUGGGAACCGAGGCCCAAUCAUCUUGAGGACCCAAUCUUUCCACAACCAAAACGGUCUCUGUACCGAGGGGGUGAGUUUGGGUACACUAGACUCGUGGCUACAAAGCAGAAGUUUGUUCUUUCUUAUGUGGGAAACCAUGAUGGUGAGGUGCAUGAUAUGGUGGAAAUUCUGGCAUCUGGUGAGGUUGUCAGUGGGAAUGGAGAUUGCAGUAUCAAUGAUGCUAUUAGUGAUGCUAAUUCUAAACCUGGAAGUCAGGUUGUAGAAUCCACAUUGUCUUGGUAUGUCAAAGGAGGAAGUGUACUGUUGCUUGGGGCAUUCAUGGGUUACGUAUUUGGUUACGUUACAAGCAGGAAGAAAUCUGAGGCCCCGAGCAAUUGGACUCCAGUGAAGACUGAGGAAAGUUGAACUGUAUAUUACUAUUUACCACCUUUUUAAGUAGGCCAUGAAGGUUCACCCCCAAAAAAAACGAGGGAAUGAAGGUUUGGAAUUGAUAGAGUUCCACUCGUACUUGUUUGAUUAAAAUACCUAAGCUGUCACCUCAUAUACUUGAGGACCUAUCUUUGUAUAUAUUCAAAUUUUCUUGCUGAACUAUGCCGUAUGAGGCAUUUUUAUUGUGUUGUUGUACAUCAUUCAAGGUAAUAUAAUCUGUCGGAUGAGACCAUACUGUUGUAAGAAAAAAAGUUAGAUGAGUGUAACUUUGAUGUCGCAAUAGGAAUUUACUCAAUUUAAUCCAUAAAUUUUGUAUG